AUGAGUUCCAUCAAUAGAGGAAAAUUGUAUAAAGACUUAUUUUGUGCUUAUUCAAAAGCAUAUUCCGAAACAAAAUCGAAACAAUCGAUUCAGGACAAUGUGAACAACAUUUGGUCAAACAUCAAAAACGAUUCAAAUGUUGCUAGUCUAAUUGAGGCUAGAAUUUCUGAACUAAAUAAAAUUAAGGCAAGAAAGCAGGUUAGUCUUCAUACACUUUGGCUUCGUGCCAGUGAAAAAGGAAAUGGUUUUAGUGUUAAAGCACCUGAAGAAUCGACAAAUCGAUCAAGUCCCGUUGUCGAAAAUGAAGAAAUAGUACAUCCAACGACUUCUCAAAAAACAGCCGCCUCGAAUGUUAUUGAAGAAGAAGGUGCACCAUCAAACAAAGAAACACAAAUCGAUGUAACCGACCAGGUACAGAGCGUUAAAGCCAACCCAACUCCAGCUCAAUGCAGCAUAAAAAGUGAGAUUGUGGUGUUACUAUCAGAUGUUAAAGCAUUGAAAAUGCGUCGAGAUUGUGGACUGUUGACCGAAAAUAUGGAAAGUGAACUGAAAUUAAAGACAAAGAAUUUAGAAGCAUUAAGGAAACGACUAAAAAAGAAAGAGCGUGAUAUGAUUCGACACCGGAAACGACGCCUUAGAAAAAAGGCUUCGCUUGAAAAUGCAUGCGAAAAUAAUCCAGAUCUAAAGAAGAAAUUGAGCAUUCGAGGCAAAGUGGGCCAUGACUUGGCCAUGCAUGGGUCUGCAGCGCACGAGAGGCGUCGAGACGAUUCCAUAAGAACAGUAAAAACCCUUGAUGAUCUAGUAACAAAACUGCGCGAAGAUUAUGGUUAUAAUUUGUCACGGAGUGCAACGUAUUUGAGACUAUUGCCUAAGAGAGCUAAUUCAACCGAAGGAAAGCGUCAUGUCAACUCUGUUCCAGUGAAGCUAAUCCGACCUGAUAACGACUUGCAUAAAGAUCAUAUGGACGGAAGGUUUGCCAAAACAACAAUCAGUCAUAUUGACAGUAUGGCUUCGUUAUUAGGGCCGAAUGAAGUGACAUACAUUAGCCAGGAUGACAAAGCUAAGGUUGCAAUAGGCCUACCAGCGGCAUCCAAACAAGCGCCAUUGCUAAUGCACAUGGAGUACAGAGUCAAGCUUCCCGAUCACGACUUUGUGAUAGCGAAAGGACACAAACUGACUCCAUCGGUUUAUGGAUUUUGUCAAAUUAAGGCAAACGGUUGUGGCGAUGCGUCAGCGAUAAGCUAUUCAGGUCCAACGUUUGUGGCUAUAAGGUCAUCCAAGCACUCUUCGUCUACAGCUUUUUCGCACGCACGGGAUUUGGAACAGAUCUACGAAAAGUAUGAAUUCAGCGAAUUUACACAUACGACGAUCGGUGGAAAACUGAAACCAAAACCGGUUCUUGUUUGUAUUGUGGACGGUGGGCCAGACGAAAAUCCGCGCUACGAAAAGGUUAUUAGCAUGGCAGUUCAUCAUUUCGUGCAACUAGACUUAGAUGCCAUCAUGAUCGCGUGCAAUGCACCAGGACGUAGUGCCUUCAACCGGAUUGAACGGCGUAUGGCUCCGUUAAGCAGAGCAUUGACAGGCCUGAUACUUCCGCACGAUCACUAUGGCACUCACCUAAACAGUCAGGGACAAACUGUUGAUAUAGAAUUGGAGAAGCAGAAUUUCUCAUACGCCGGCAAGGCUCUAGCAGAAGUCUGGUCAGAUACACUUAUUGAUGGACAUUUGACUGUAGCUGAAUAUAUAAAGCCUGAACAAUCUGAUAUCGAUCAGGCAUCGAUCAUCUCGAAGGACGAAAAGUGGUGCAGCCGACAUGUGCAUCAGUCUCAGUAUUUGCUUCAAAUACUCAAAUGUUCUGACAAUCGUUGCUGUAAACCAAGGCGUAGUUCUCUGUUUCGAUUUCUGCCCAAGGACGGCUUGCCACCACCGUCGCCUAUAAUACAGUCAAACGAAGGAUUGAAACACGCCAACAUCAACGAUAUUGAAAACUAUGCGUCAUUAUUCGUGACGCUGGCACUACAAAAGAUUGGGCAUUCACAUGCCAUUUAUGACACCUAUUGUCCUUCGGUGCAAUCAAAAUUCGAUUCACGAACAUGCUCGUGCAAUCAAUAUUUCAGUUCCGUUGUCUCGAUGAAACGACAUUUGAAAGACAAUUUUAUUUGUAAAAAAAACAUAAAGAUCGUUAAGCCUGUGAAAAUUCUCGGAACACGAGGGAAUGAGUCGUUAGUUGUAGUCCGCUAUAAUGUUGAAGAAGAUGUCGAGUGGCUUCCGAGUGUGGAGGUAGACGGUGAAUUUUUAGAUAAAGACGAACAACCUUCGAGUAGUAUAAUUUAUGACAAUGAAACAAGAUUAAAACCAAUUUGGAGAACUGUUUAAUAAAGUUUUUG